AGACACGUGCUGUCUUCGUGCCAGAACUGUUGUUGUGAUUUGUCAAGAUGCCUACUGAAGUUCCUCUUCACUUUAGACCAACAUACCCCAAGAUAACACCUGGUUUGGGUGAGACCCUAGCUAAUGAGAUGCGUAAGAGGAUAAUGGUUCUUGAUGGAGCAAUGGGUACCAUGAUACAAGGACACAACCUUACUGAAGAACAGUUCAGGGGUGAAGAGUUUAAGGAUCAUCCCAAGCCAUUAAGAGGAGACAAUGACCUCCUCUGCCUAACACAACCUGACAUCAUUUAUAAUAUACAUAAACAAUAUUUUGAAGCAGGUGCUGAUUUCUCUGAGACUAACACAUUCAAUGGAACAUCAAUUUCACAAUCAGACUAUGGACUGGAGCAUUUGGUCUAUCGUAUCAAUAAAUCAGCUGCUGAAAUUGCAAGGCGAGCAGCUGCUGAUGUCAGCAAAGCAACAGGUCUACCCAAGUACGUUGUCGGAGCACUGGGUCCAACCAACAGAACAUUAUCAGUAUCACCCUCAGUGGAGAGACCUGACUUCAGGAAUAUUACAUUUGAUGAACUGGUUGAUUCAUAUUCAGAGCAGGCCCAAGGUCUUCUUGAUGGUGGGGUUGAUGUCCUAAUGGUGGAGACCAUCUUUGAUACAGCUAACUCCAAGGCAGCUCUAUACGCCAUUGAGACUCUCUUUGAAUCAAAAUACAAACCAAUACCAGUCUUUGUGUCAGGUACUAUAGUUGAUAAAAGUGGAAGAACAUUGUCUGGUCAGACGUCUGAGGCCUUCCUGUUCAGUGUGACACACUCCAAACCACUCUGUAUUGGUCUUAACUGUGCUUUAGGUGCUACUGAGAUGCGUCCGUUCAUUCAAACUGUCAGUAGAUCAACUGAAGCUUUUGUACUCUGUUAUCCUAAUGCUGGUUUGCCCAAUGCUUUGGGUGGAUAUGAUGAAACUCCUGAAGUUAUGGCCAGUCAUUUGAAAUCAUUUGCAGUUGAUGGUCUUGUGAACAUUGUCGGUGGUUGCUGUGGGACCACACCUCUUUUUAUUAAAGCUAUUGCAGAAGCAGUGAAGGGGUUAAAACCAAGGGAACCGCCCACUAAUCUUUAUCAUGACGCACUCAUACUGUCAGGGUUGGAAGGGGUUAAAAUUAAUUCCACUACUAAUUUCGUUAACAUUGGUGAAAGGUGCAAUGUUGCUGGGUCAAGGCGUUUUGCUCGUUUGAUAAUUGCCGGAAAAUUUGAGGAGGCACUCGCCGUUGCUAAGCAACAGGUUGAGAUGGGUGCCCAGGUCCUUGACUUGAAUAUGGACGAGGGUAUGCUGGACGGAGUGAAGGCCAUGGCUCGAUUCUGUAACUACAUAUCAACUGAACCUGACAUUGCUAAACUCCCCCUCUGCAUUGACUCCAGUAAUUUCUCGGUGGUUCUUGCUGGCCUAAAGUGUUCCCAGGGUAAGUGUAUCGUGAACUCCAUUAGUCUCAAAGAAGGGGAGGAGGACUUCAUUGAGAAGGCAAAGAUUAUCAAGAAGUUUGGAGGAGCAGCUGUCGUGAUGGCAUUUGACGAAGUCGGACAAGCUACUACAACAGAGAACAAAGUCUCCAUCUGCACAAGGUCUUACAAUAUUCUGGUCGAUGUUGUUGGGUUCAAUCCAAAUGACAUCAUCUUUGAUCCAAACAUACUCACCAUAGCAACGGGAAUGGAGGAGCAUAACAACUAUGGGAUAUCGUUUAUUGAGGCAACGAGAUUAAUUAAACAAACAUUACCUGGUGCCAGGAUCAGUGGUGGUUUGUCUAAUUUAUCGUUUUCAUUUCGUGGGAAGGAGGUCAUUAGAGAGGCAAUGCACAGUGUCUUUCUCUACCAUGCAAUACAAGCUGGUAUGGACAUGGGUAUUGUUAAUGCUGGUAACCUCCCACUGUAUGACGACAUUAAAAAAGAUUUAUUGAAUCUCUGUGAAGACCUGCUCUGGAAUAGAGACCCAAACACGACUGAGAAACUCCUCGAAUAUGCCCAGUCGCUGGGUGAAGGUGCUAAGAAGCAGGUGGCAACUGAUGAAUGGAGGAAUACCACUGUUGAAGAAAGACUGGAAUAUUCACUAGUUAAAGGUAUUGAUAAGUUUGUGGUAUCAGAUACAGAAGAGGCUCGUUCUAAUUUCGAUAAGUACCCACGCCCACUUCAUAUAAUUGAAGGGCCACUGAUGUCUGGUAUGAGUAUUGUUGGCGAUCUCUUUGGAUCAGGAAAAAUGUUUCUUCCACAAGUGAUCAAAUCUGCUCGUGUCAUGAAGAAAGCCGUCGGGUACCUAAUUCCUUUUAUGGAAGAGGAGAAGGAGAAAGCAGCAAAGGAAGAAGGAACUGUCAUCUCUGAAGAUGAAAACGAUAGAUUCUCGGGUACUGUUGUUAUAGCAACUGUCAAAGGUGAUGUACAUGAUAUAGGGAAGAAUAUUGUAGGUGUGGUCCUCGGCUGCAAUAACUUCAGAGUUAUUGAUUUGGGAGUAAUGACACCUUGUGAGAAGAUAAUAGAGACAGCAAGAAAAAAUAAAGCAGAUAUUAUUGGUCUUUCUGGUUUAAUUACUCCGUCGUUGGAUGAGAUGAUUUACGUUGCCAAGGAGAUGGAGAGGGAGGGCCUAAAGAUACCGCUACUGAUAGGAGGAGCUACUACCACAAAGACUCAUACAGCUGUAAAGAUUGCGCCAUGCUACAGUCAGCCCACUAUACAUGUUGUUGAUGCGUCUAAAAGUGUUGUUGUGGUCUCUACAUUACUUGAUGCUACUGCUAAAGAUGAUUUCACUGAUGAUAUUUCUGAAGAAUACACUGACAUUAGAGAAGACCAUUAUGACAGCAUUAAAGAUAAACAGUAUGUCAGUAUUGCUAAGGCUAGAUCAGAAGCACUUGCUCUGAAUGUCAACAGCUAUAAACCUGUAAAACCCAGGCAGUUGGGUAUCACAGUAUUCCAGGAUUACGACUUGAACCGUUUGGUAUCUUACAUUGACUGGAAACCUUUCUUUGACGUCUGGCAGCUAAAGGGAAAGUAUCCAAACAGAGGGUACCCUAAAAUAUUCAAUGACAAGGACGUGGGUGCCGAAGCUAAGCGUACAUUUGAUGAUGCUCAGGUUUUAUUGAAUCGUAUCAUUAAAGAGAAACUGUUAAUAGCUAGAGGAGUAGUGGGUAUCUUUAAAGCUGUGAGGGAUGGAGAUGACAUUAAGAUACUGUCCGAAGAGAAUACCACCAUAGCAACACUGUAUGGACUGAGACAACAGGUUGAGAAGGCCUCAAUGAGUACCACUGGCCCUUAUAUGUGUCUAUCAGAUUUCAUUUAUGACUCAUCAGGUCCGACUGAUUAUAUUGGUAUGUUUGCAGUCUCCACUGGUUUCGGGUGUAAAGAACUCUGUGACAAGUACAAGGAGCAGUUUGAUGAUUACAAUGUGAUCAUGUUGGAAGCUGUGGCUGAUCGUUUAGCUGAAGCAUUCGCUGAGGAGCUUCAUGAGAGGGUCCGGAGGGAGGUAUGGGGAUAUGCUGAUACUGAAGACCUUGACGCCUCAGACCUGCAUAAGAUCAGAUACCAGGUAUGGAGUAUGGAAUUUAGGAAUGGGAAUUGAUGUGUGUGGCAUGUUGCAGGUA